ACUCUCGCUCCACUCGCACCAAUCGCAACACCGGCGGGGGGCGGGGCCGCGUCACGUUCGGUUGUCUCUGGUGAAUAACAAACCGCCCACCUGCUCUGCAGCCUAACGUCAGGGAGGAACCACGAGUCUGACCCGGGGGGAGCGGAGAUGACCCAGAGGGACCGAGCCAAGGCGCCUCGUCCGGGGGACUCCUCUUAAGCUACGGCCGCUGUCUCGUCUCCGGUCCGGGGCCUCCCACACAGCGCUCCCGCCCGCGGGCUGGAUCGUCUCAACCGCCUGGCGAAGCUCGUUGGCCGCCAACCACCACCACCACCGCAGCUAGCGUUGCUAACUAGCCUCCAGUGGAGUGGGCAGGUAGCGGUGGAACAACGAGGCUGCCGUCGCAGGGUCACCGGGCUGGGGUGUCGACAACCCCGGUGCCCGCCGCUUUGCUGCGCUUGUCCCCCGGCUCCUCUCUCCUCUCUCUCCCCGUGGUCGCCGGAGCAUCCUGACCGCUCGCCGCCGAGUUCAUGCGCGCUAGCAGCGGCUGCAGCAGCUUGCUAGCAGGGAUGUGUCACGGCAGCUAACGGACCCACACGUUUAUCUGUCCGUGAGUGGGUGUUGUGGUCCCCGAGAGGCCGAGGAGGGGCGCAUCAUCCCGCCUAUAACGCCUGCUCCGUCGACCGUACUUUUAAUGUCGUGUCCCCCGCCGGCGACUGGUCCCUCCAGAAGAACCAGACGCGGAGCAUGCAGGAGGAGAAAACCCCGCGGGUAAGCAGAUAGGAUACGGGGGGAGGCGAGGACGCAACACAACUGGACUGUGCGGUUCGACUAAACCUCCGAACCGGGGUUUUACUUAGCAUCGGGCGGUUUGGACUGAAAGAGGAGGGGGGGGGGGGGAGAAAAAAAAAAAGAAGCGGGGAAAGGAUGAAGAAGUUUUCCAGGAUGCCAAAGUCGGAAAGCGGCGGGCUCGGAGGGGCCGGGUCCGGCUGCAGCUCCGGAGUCAGCAGCUACUUCGGGAAAGUGUUCGCAGUGGGUCGGUACCAGGUCACCGUGGAGGAGCUGGUCGCUGAAGGAGGCUUCUCCGUUGUGUUUCUGGCUCGUACGCACAGCGGCGUCCGCUGCGCUCUGAAACGGAUGUACGUCAACAACGUCCCGGAUCUGAAUGUCUACAAGAGAGAGAUCACUAUCAUGAAGGAGCUCUCAGGCCACAAGAACAUCGUCGGCUACCUGGACUCUACAAUCAGUGCCGUGUCCGACAGCGUCUGGGAGGUCCUGAUCCUCAUGGAGUACUGCAAAGCGGGUCAGGUGGUGAAGCAGAUGAACCAGCGGUUGAAUGUGGGCUUCAGUGAGGCCGAGGUCCUUCACAUCUUCUGUGACACCUGUGAGGCCGUGGCCCGGCUGCACCAAUGCAAGACGCCCGUCAUCCACAGAGACCUGAAGGUUGAAAACAUCCUGCUGAACGACCAGGGGAACUACGUGCUGUGUGACUUUGGAAGCGCGACUCACAAGAUUUUGCUGCCACAUAAAGAUGGAGUCACUGCUGUGGAGGACGAGAUUAAAAAGUACACGACCCUGUCAUAUCGGGCGCCGGAGAUGAUUAACUUGUAUGCAGGGAUAGCCAUCACCACUAAAGCUGAUAUAUGGGCACUCGGAUGCUUGUUGUACAAGCUGUGUUUCUUCGCUCUUCCAUUUGGGGAGAGUCAAGUUGCCAUAUGUGACGGAACCUUUAUCGUUCCAGAUAACUCCAAAUUCUCCUUCAAGUUGCACUGCUUAAUCAGAUAUAUGCUCGAACCAGAUCAGGAGAAGAGACCAGACAUUUACCAAGUGUCCUACUUUGCCUUCAAGUUAGCUGGAAAAGACUGUCCGGUGCCAAAUCUCUUUAACUCUCCGAUCCCCACGUCGCUCCCAGAGCCUCUAACGGCCAGCGAGGUCGCUGCUAAGAAAAGCCAGACAAAAGCCAGGAUAACGGAAUCUGUCGGCCCAACGGAAACAUCAAUAGCUCCCAGGCAGAGGCCGAAGGCGGUGAACAGUAACGUUCUGCCCCUCGCCAGCACCGUCACCCCCGUGAAGAUGACCAUGCCUUCAGCCCCCGUCAGCAAUGGACAGAAAGCUCCCACCCCUGUCUCCGGGCAGCUGUCCAUGCAGCCCCAGCCCAGCAGUCAGCAGCACCGAGUCCUGCAGCAGCUGCAGCCCGGUGACCUGCGUCUGCAGCAACUUCAGCAGCAUCAACAACAACAACAACAACAAGCCGUGCAACAGCAACAUGUUAAUGCACAGCAACUCCAAUACCUCCAGUACCAACAGGCUGUGCAGCAGUCCCUCCAGCUCCAGCAGCAGCAGGCUCUGCUCCAGCAGCAGCAGCAGCAGCAGCAGAUGAUGAUGCAGCCGAUGUACCAGCAGCAGGUCACUCAGGCCCAGGCUCAGUAUGCAGCCAUGUUGCACCAGUACCAACAGGCUUUUGUGCAGCAGCAGCAGCAGCAUCACCACCAACAACAACAUCAUCAUCUACAGCAGCAGCAGCAGCUUCAUCCCGCCCAGCAGCCUCUCCCCUACAUGUCCUCCCCUCUUGAGUUCCAGAUCCCCCUCGGCUCCUAUAACACUACCACCCCCUCUGCUGGACCUGCAGCAGGAAGUGGACAGUUGGGGGGAAUAUCACCUGUGGAUCCCUUGUACACGAACUCCAGCAGAAACCCUCUUCUGGCCUCUGAUGGCACCACCCCUCCCCCUCAGAGCUGCAACAGCACAGUGAGUAACCCCCCCGACAUGUCACGCUGGAACCCUUUCGGAGAGGACAACUUCUCCAAGCUGACGGAGGAGGAGCUGAUCGACCGGGAGUUCGACAUGCUCCGAGCAAACAAACCUGUGGAGAGAACAGCCUGCGUGGAAGCGGACCGACCGCAGCCCGCUGCCAUCAAGCCCCUCCCACCCGAGGACCUGUUCGGCUCAGUCCCGUUUGUGGCCAGCGCAGGAUCUACCACCGUGACGCAGACUGAGCAGAGCGGCGAGGACGUCAGCGUUCCUCCUCCCGUCUCGACCUCCGCAGACGAUCUGCAGGCGCCCGCGGUCAAGGAGCACAAACCCGGCAGGAAGAGUAACUGCAGAUCGGGAGAAGAGUCCGACAGCGACUUCGAGUCUGACCCUCCUUCACCAAAAAGCAGCGAGGAAGAGGAGCCGGAGGAGGACGAGGCUCUGAACAGUGAACAUGGUGAAGACACAGAGCCAGAGAAUAUAGGACAGAGGCCUCUGCUGAUGGAUUCUGAGGAAGAGGAGGAGGAGGACAAGCACAGUUCUGACUCGGACUACAACCCCAGCAGAGUCAAGGGUCGCUCGAAGAAGUCUGGUAAAUCCGCUUCUGCUGCCACCAGGAGGAGCCCUGAAGGAGAUUCUGCCAUGACCCUGAUCACCCCUCCCGAAACGCCCAGCGGGGCGAGAGCCGCCCCAGCUGAGGAAGCUGUGGAUGUGUUUGGGUCCAUUCCCUUCGUCAGAGGAGCUUCACCGGUUGAGCCCUCGGAGAACGCGGACAUCUUUGCCAAAGCGCCUUUCAGACAAGUCAGCCAAGAGCCGCGAGCAGCCGAUGAGUUUGAUGUUUUUACCAAAGCUCCGUUCAACCGGAACCUCUCCAAGUCUGGCAAGAGCGGCAGCGAAGCUCCCGCGGGCCAAUCGCCGCCCACCUCCCCCGAGGCCUUUGACAUUUUUGGCUUCUCUCCCUUCCACCCGGGCCCCACGGCGCCACCUCCCGUGACCUCGAGGAGCGCGGACGAUAUCUUUCAGUCGUCUUACGAGGAGUCGGCGAGUCCUCAGCAACAGAGGCUGAAGCAGCGCAGCCUCCAGAAGCUGUCGUCGCGGCAGCGGAAAACCAAGCAAGAGGCCACCGCGGGGGGCAGCAACGGCAAACGACACCACGGUACACCCACCGGGGGGCGCAAGACUGGCAAGCCAACUUACCGCACCCCUGAGCGAGUCCGCAGGCACAAGAAGGUCGGCCGGAGAGACUCUCAGAGCAGCAACGAGUUCCUCAGCACCUCCGACUCUAAAGAGAACAUCAGCGUUGAUAUAACCAUGGCUGAGGGGAAGGACAAGGGAGCUUCUCUGCCGGUGGACGAGGCCCUUUUAGACCCGUUUGGAGCCAAACCUUUCCACCCUCCGGACGGAAGCCGGCACAGCCAGUACCAAGGCCUCGUGGAUAGUAAGAGUGACAUGGGCACGGCCAACGGUAAGACCUGGACGGGCUCUCUUCACGGAGCUCUUGGAGAGAGUAGAGAUAUGGAUGACUUCGGGGCAGUGCCCUUCACAGAACUGGUCGUCCACAGCGGACCCCAGCAGCAGCCGCCGCCGCAGCAGCAGCAGCAGGCGCCCUCGCAGCCGGGGGAGCUGGACCCGUUCGGAGCUGCACCUUUUCCCUCGAAACAGUGACCUUUUCUCGUGUCUUCCAACUCUGCCACUUGCUGUUAAAUAACCCCUGAGCUUCUCUUUCGGUUUGGGAUCAUUUUUCAACGAAUGCUCUGACGCUUCUUUUUUGAGAACAUUUUAUUACCGCGCUCACUUUUAAUAAGGAGAAGAAAAAAAAAAACCCUGAAUCCUGUGGAGUGUGGGUGGAGGAGUUUCCACGUAUCCUUCGGCUCCGCCCGUUCGCUGAGAGGCCUUUAAUGCUGCAUCUAAUUAAGACCAAGAAGAAAACCGGACGACCCACUCCGAUAAACUGUACUGUGAUUAUGAGCUUGACCUUUGACCGCUUGACUCGCUGCAGCUCUUCAUGGCCUUCGGCUCUACCGAUAUGUUUCUUAGCACCACGAAGCCUUACCUGAGCUCGGCUCCGCCUUGCUGCACAGAACCUCGGGAAUAUUUGACACAGUCGGUCCACUUCGGAGGAAUCGUUCGACCUUAACCACUUUGUUUUGCCCUCACUAGACCUUUCUCUAUGCAUAAGUUCACAGUAGUCUACACCUGGAAUACUAGAGGGGAUCGAAUUUUUAUCGUACUUCCUUUAAAAACCUAAAUCUGUUAAUUGACGCAGGUUUAAAUUUAGGCUCUUAACUGUUUACUUCAUUUUCUUUCUUUCUCUUUUUUUUUUUUUUAGCAGUAAACUUGUCAGUUCUGUUAAUUUUUCAUGAAGUUACAACUCAUCACAUUCUGUUAGAAAUAAGAAGGAAAUAAAAACACGAAGCCGCGUUAGAUCACCAGUUUUUUAAGAAUGUUGAUUCAAUCACUUUCUCAGAGUAAAUUUAAGGACAAAUGGGUUUUGGGUUUUAGUUAAUUCGACAAAUUUUUAUUUAUUUUCGCAACAAAUCCAUAAAAAGACCAAAAUCAUUUAUUUGCUUUCUUGUCCAUUAGUUAAUUUAAAAAAACAGCUUCUCUCAAGUUUGAUACGAAGCUGCAACCGGUCGAUUCAUCGUAAAAACCUGGGACGAGCCUGGUUCUGUGUUAUUUCGUAGCUUUGAUUGUUUUGCGAUAGGUGGAAUUGUCUUUUAUCUCUUUUUAGCUUUUUCUGCUUGUUUCCAUUAUGCUUUGCUAAGCUAACAGGCCGCUAGCUUUAGCUUCGUAUUGAAAGUAGAUUUAACAAGCGUACAGAUCUUCUCGUCUGAGGCUCAGCAAGAAAGUCAAUAACUUGACUUUUGCUCAAAAAUUAAAAAAUAUUUUUUAAUGACACCAAGAGAAACAACAACUUUAAAUAGUUUGAGUUUUCUAAAACCUAUUUAUUCUCUUUCUUGUUUUGAGUUUAUUAAAAACACUGAUACUCAACAUGAAGCUACAACCAGCAGCCGUGUUAGCUCGACUUAGCAUCACGUUUUCAGAUUAAUACACAUUUAGUGAGUAUUUCCAGCCGCUCACAUUCAGAACUUGUUAGUUCUAAUUCACUGGUUUUGGUUUUUAAUGGUUUUGGUCUUUUCACGAGAUUUGUUGACAACAGAAAAUAAGAUGUCGGACUUUUCACCGAGGUAAAUUCCACGAGGGGGUAAAAAAAAAAAGAGGAUAAAUCUGUGAUGUCAUUUGUCUGACUGCACUUUUCAGCGCUGAAUUCUUCCGGGAUCUAAAGUUCUGUGUUCUCUGCAUCGACGGCCUUAAGCACUGCAUUUACCUUCACAACCACCGGCACGUUUUUCUGAAUUAAAACCUGUGGGUGGCUGCGUUUUCACCAGUGGAUCAUUUCAUACAACUACUUUCCAUCGUUUUUCUUUCUCGUGUAUUCAUCCUGCUGUUUGGUGCAAUAAAUAAGAUUCAUCUCAGAGCAGCCGGACGCUGUGAUGUGGGUUUUAAAACAACAACGGGACGCAUUUCAAACAGGACACGGUUGAGUUUAUUUAGAGUUGAGUUCAGCAGUUUGUUGCUCGAGUACGAAAAGUCAAGAUACAAAAGUUCUGCGGCUA